CUCAUCAAAAGUAAUCACAAUUUUGUUUUGACAACUGUAACUGAACCAUUUCCUUGUUUUCUAGAUACAGUUCUUGAAAUGCCUCAGUCAUUUACAAAGGACAGGUUAUUGUCUAAUGGAGGACAAAGUGUAAUAUUAGACAUAAACAAGCUGUGCAGGCACAUGCGGUUUGUCUUUAGUGCCGGUUUCUAAAAAUAAGUCAAGUUUUCUUAUUAUUUUGAUUAGCUGCUGGCAUAGAGGUGAUUGUCCUCACAUAAGACUUUAAAGCUAACUACACAAACAUGCACACACACACACACACACAUACACACACACACACACAGCAACUUUCACCAUCUGAGACAUGUGAGUCAGUUUCUUAGUAAAGGUACAGGUGGGUUGGUUCUUUCACACACUCUUGCCCAAUCCAGGCUCUGCUGUUGGCUGAGAUUGAGUGUCGUCUUGCUUACAGGUCCUCACACCUCACAAUUCGCAAGGAAGAGGGACAGCUCAGGCCAACAGCAUGAAUUCACGAACAGUGUAUUACUCCAACGUAUGGACUGAUGAUGGCUACAUCUCCACGAAGAGACGUUAUGUGCAUAAAGAUGGCAGCUGUAACAUAGCGUUCCGCCACGUGCCUGAGGAGUGGCUUUUAUAUGUGACAGACAUCUUUACCACACUGGUGGAGAUCCGCUGGAGAGUCAUGUUCUUGACCUUUGCCCUCUCAUAUAUCUUGUCCUGGCUCUUUUUCGGGAUCCUGUUCUGGAUUAUCGCACUGAUGCAUGGUGACACAAAGGACUCAAACAAUGAGCCAUGCGUCUAUGAGGUGAGAAGCUUUACAGCAGCCUUUCUCUUCUCUCUUGAGACACAGACUACCAUCGGAUAUGGCUCACGCGGCAUGUCUGAGAACUGCAUGCUAGCCAUCAUUACUGUGACCAUCCAGGACGUCAUCAGCGUCUUCAUCGACACCUUUGUAAUUGGGAUCGUUGUGGCCAAAAUGGCAUCAGCCCGGAAAAGAGCGCAGACGGUGGGAUUCAGCAAUACUGCCGUGAUUAACCGUCGUAAUGGGCAUCUGUGCCUGUCAUGGCGAGUGGGUGACUUUCGUAGAAACCACAUGGUGGAAGGAACCACGCAUGCCCAGCUGGUCAGAUACAUAGUGCACACAACUGGCAGAGCUGACAUAACCUACCAUGACCUUGAAAUCCAAAACAGUCAUGUCAUUCUGGCCACCCCAGUGACUAUCAUCCACCAAAUCAAUGCCAGUAGUCCUCUGUAUAAAAUGAGACUGCAAGAGCUACGCAAAGACAGCUUUGACCUGGUGGUGACUUUCACCUACACAGAUGAUUGCAGUGGGAUUCUCCACCAGUCACGCACGUCCUACACUCCCAGUGAAAUCCUGUGGGGUCAGCAGUUUCAAGAGAUGGUGAGAGUUACCCAGAAGUCCUACAGAGUGGACUAUGCGGUCUUUCACCAAACAGUUAAAGUCCCACUGACGGAAAGCAGAGCUGAAGAUUAUGAACUAAACAAGCAUCCUCCAAGCCGUAAACAAGACCCACAAAUGGGCUGUUCUCUAGCAGUGGAGACUGAAGACAUCUUAGGUCAAAACCAUACCAGCACUGCUAUUCGACAAGAAAAACUAUAACAAACCAUGGUAUCUAUAGGACUUUAUAGUACUUAGGGUACAUUAAAGGGGCAAUAAAUGUGUAAAGCUACGUAUAAAUACACACGAAGCGACAUGAAUAAAUGAAAUAUAUCAUAAACACUUCAAGACAGCUAUGUUAAUGUUCAGCCAUAUAUACAUGUGGACUGUUAGAUUCCAGCGUGAGUCAUUCAGGAUGUUCUAAUUAAGCCUUUCCUCAAAAUAGCAUUUUAUAAAUAGAACUUGUAGACCACCUUGCUCAGGUAUCUGAUUCCACAAAAUCACGAAAUAUGUGCAAUAAUUUAAUGAUUUAUAUUAUUUAUUAUGCAGGCAAUCCAAAGUGCUGUAGGACCAUGCUUUAUCUAUUAAACAACAUGAUCAAACUUGAUUGUCCAUGUGCUUUAGAAAACUCACCCUGAAAAGUGGUUUGCUAUAUAUUAUGACAGAAAUAUAAACAUGUAAAGAAUCAGCUUCUUUAAUCCUCUAUGUGGCUAACUGGAUUUGCUGUGCAUUAGUGCUAAAUGUUGGUCAUUUCAGUGCCAUUUGCUGAAUUGUAUUAUCCAUAUGGUAAAUAAUGCAGUAAGGCUAACAUUAAAGUGUUAUGCAUUGUGUCAUGAUACCAUAGCAGGAAAAUUUAAAUUAAGUCUAACAGAAUCAUGUUUCAGCUUUUGCCUUCUUCCAAAAUCUUCCUAAUGACAACAUAGUAUCCAUUUGGUAAUAACAUUUACAACUAAAAGGCUAAGGCAGAAAUUUUGGAUCAUAUGUUUUCAGGUUCACAGGAAACUAUAAUUCAUGCUGUCUACACCACACACACGUUUUGAAACUGUUCAAUCAGUAUCAUUACUGUAUUUGUAUGAAAUUUUGGUCAUUUGUAUAAGGCCUACAAUCAAUAGCUCCAAAAUGAUGUGUGCCUUCCCAAUUUCACAGUGCAAUAUGAGAUUAUUUUUAGAUUCACUAAUGUGACUAGUGACAUUUGUGAGUAGUGACAUGUCAGCUGACCCAGUAUAGGUUGUAGAUUAUUCAUAAUGUCUUUCCUUAAACCUAUUUUACACCAGACUCUGUAACCGUGCAAGCGUCAGUACCACGGUGGACGCAGGCACAUUUCUUAUGCUCGUAGUCAAUCAGAGCAUGCUGGCAGAAUAAAGUAUCAUGCUAUA